AUGAAACCAGAUUCAUCGACAAUGUCAACUAAUUUCGAUCGACCAAAAUUAUUACUAUUUAAAUUUUUAGCACAUCAAAUUCAUCCAUUUGCUUAUGCAGUUAAUACAUUUCUUCGACCAGCAUUAGACGAUUGUAUUGCAUUGAUACGUACUAAUCCGCAAGAUACAUUUAAUGUUUUAUUAUCACUUACACAAACAUUUACUCGAUUUGCACCGGAAUCCGAAUUGAUUUACGAUGACAUACAACAAUUUGCUAUUCAACUUAAAGACGCUAUUGAUCAAUGUUUUACAUGUCUUGAUCCAAAUACAAUUCAACAAUUAUCAGAAUUACUUGAAUCAACACAUCAAAGUCUUUCAGAAAUUAUUCAACAACAAAAUGCAGGAAAUACAACUUAUACGAAUAUGUAUAAAAAUAUGUCUGCUGUAUUAACAAAUCUUGAAAAGAUUAAUUCAUUACCAUUAGAAAUGCAAAAGAUUGAUAACAAAAUUCCUUCUCAAAAAAUAAAUAGACAAGAAACAAUAAUGAAUGUUAAUGGAAGAACAGGAGAGGUUAUAAUUAUAGUAGAUUCAUCACUUAUCCAUAAUGAAUAUACGAAUAGAAAUAGUUCUAUUGCUUCGAAUCGAACAAUAACACCUCCACCAGGUAUACCACAAAUUCAAAUGAAUAAACCUUCAGUAAUUAUUCCUCCAAUAACGGCAAAUCCAAAUCUAUUAUCUCGAUUGUCACAAAAUACAGUUCUACCACCGCCAACACCAUUAAUGAAUCAAAUGAAAACUCUUUCAAUUUCUUCAACACCUGUUCCAACGACAGCAUUAUCAUCACGACCGGUAUCAACAAUAUCUUAUCUAGGAGAAUAUGAAGUUGUCGAUACAAAUACACAGCCAACAAAGAAACCAACAAUUGGUAUAGCUUCUUUUCCACCACGUCAAAAUGCAUCACUUUUUCCUUAUAUACCUUCAAUUAAUGAUAAAUCUUUAACAACAUCUACAACUAUGUUAAAACCUAAUACUAUCAAUGAUCAUUAUUUAACAUCACCAAUAAAUGAACUUAUGAAAGUUGAUCAUGGAUGGCCCCAAUCAAAACCUAAUACUAUCAAUGAUCAUCAUUUAACAUCACCAAUAAACGAACUUAUGAAAGUUGGUCAAGGAUGGCUUCAAUCAAAAUCUAAUAAUAACAAUAAAACUGAAAUAAUCAAUCAACAAUCACGUGCUACACCUACUCCUAUAUCUUCGCAUGAUAGUAGUUUUCGUUCUAUGAAUAUGUCAGGAUUACGAACAGCAUCAGCAACACCUUCAAUUCAUGAAAAUACUGAUGAUGAUCGAAAGGAGAAUAUUCAACGACAAGCUUUUGCAACUGCACAUUUUGCUGUUCCAAAACCCAUUCAUACUGAUUGGCAACCACCUAAAGAUAAUCGUUCUACUGUAAGCGAACAAUCGUCUUUAAGUCAAACAAAAACAUCAGUUCGUGCUCAUAUAACCGAUGAAUAUAUUCAAGAAUUUGGAAAUAAACAAGGUCGACCUGCUUUAUGUGGUGAACUUUCUAUGACAUUUGGUACACCACAAAAUGGUCCACAAUCAACUUGUUUACCAAUUGGUGUUGGUUUAUCAUAUGAUGAAUUGACAUUACUUUCAUGUGAUGUACAUCGAAGUGCUCAACAUGUUCGAUUAUUUGAUGUUCAAUCGGGACGAUUAAAACAUACGAUAACAAGUAAUCAGCAUAUGAGACUUCAUCGUCCAGGUGCUGUUAUGAGUAAUCCACGUAAUAAUAUUUUAAUUGUUGAAAGAGAUUCAAUUUAUAUAACGGAAACCGAUGGUCGCUUAAUACAAACACUUGGUCAUCGAAAUAUUAAACAAUUAUAUGGUAUUGCUUCAUUUCGUGAUCGUUAUGUAUUAACUAUUGACUCGAAGACAAUCGAUAGUCAAUCAGGAGAAACAUGUCGUGUACUUUUAUUUGAUCCAAAUAGUAAUAAAUUAGUUUUCGAACAAAAUAUUACAAUUAAUCAACAAUCAGAAAAUAUUUUAAUGGAACAAUAUACACAUCAUAUACAAGGAAAAAUUAUACCAGAAUCAAUGAGUAAACCAAGAUUUCUUGCAGUACAUAAUGAUGAUAUUUAUAUUGCUGAUCUUGGUCGUAGUUUGAUAUAUGGAACAACACUUCGAAAUCAAUUUGAUUUAACUAGUACAACUGUUUUUGGUGGACACGGUCGUACAGUUGGUGAAAUGAAUGAACCAUCAGGUUUAUUUAUUGAUUCAGGUGGAAAUAUUAUUAGUGCUGAUAGUAAAAAUGAUCGUAUUCAAUUAUUUGCAUCUAAUGGACAAUAUAAAACAACAUUUAAAUUAAAUGAACGUAUAAAACGUCCAUCAGGAAUAUGUGCAAAUCGUGAUGGUACACAAUUUUAUGUAUCGUGUUAUUUAGGUGGUUGUGUUCGAGCAUUUAACGUUGGAUAUUAA